GGGAGCACCGAGCCCUGGGGUCAGGGUCCACGGGGAAGCUGGUCUCUGCUGGCACGGGAUGCACUGCGCUGCGGUGCUGCUUGCUUCACGGGCAGCCUCCGCUGCUCCUCUCCGGACUCGCCACACCAUGGCCGCCAACCUGCUCCACAUCCUCCCGCCCCAGCGGCUGCUCCGGCCCCUGGCCGUGCCAGAGAGGCUGCUGCUGGGGCCGGGGCCCAGCAACGUGCCCCCCCGCAUCCUGGCUGCAGGCGGCCGGCAGCUCCUGGGCCACAUGCACCCCGAGGUGCUGCAGGUGAUGGAUGACAUUAAGGUGGGCAUCCAGUACGCUUUCCAGACACGGAACCAGCUUACCCUGGCUAUCAGUGGCACUGGCCACUGUGCCAUGGAGGCUGCCUUCCUCAACCUGAUAGAGCAUGGCGACACAGUGCUGGUGGCUGUCAAUGGCAUCUGGGGACAGCGUGCGGCCGACAUCGCCAGGAGGCUGGGAGCCAGUGUACAUGAACUGCUGAAGCCCCCAGGCGAGUACUUCACUCCCUGGGACAUUGAGGAGGGCCUGCUACAGCACAAGCCCUCAGUGCUCUUCAUCACCCAUGGCGAGUCCUCCACAGGGGUGCUGCAGCCGCUGGAGGGGCUGGGCAAGCUGUGCCACCGGCAUGGCUGCCUGCUGCUUGUGGAUGCGGUGGCAUCACUCGGGGGAGCCCCCAUCUUCAUGGACCAGCAGGAGAUCGACAUCCUGUACUCGGGGUCUCAGAAAGUCCUUAAUGCACCCCCCGGAAGCGCGCCCAUCUCAUUCAGUGAGCAAGCCAGGGAGAAGGUUCUAAGGAGGAAGACAAGCCCCCCGUCCUUCUACCUGGACAUACGUUGGCUGGCAAACUACUGGGGCUGUGAUGGAGAGCCGCGAAGGUACCACCACACGGCUCCCAUCAACAGCUUCUUCAGCCUGCGGGAAGGCUUGGCCAUGCUGGCAGAGGUGGGUCUGGAGAACUCCUGGGAGCACCACCGGGUCAACUGUGCCCAGCUGUGCCAGGGGCUGCGCGACCUGGGGCUUGAGCUCUAUGUGAAGGAGGAGCAAGCGAGGCUUCCCACCAUCACCACCGUCAGGGUGCCUGAGGGCUACGACUGGAAGGAGAUCACAGCCUUUCUCAUGGACAACCAUGCCAUCGAGAUCUCCGGGGGCCUGGGCCCCUCAGUGGGCAAGGUCCUGCGAAUCGGCCUCAUGGGCUGCAACUCGACCAGAAGGAAUGUGGACCGUGUGCUGCACGCCCUGCGAGAUGCCCUGAGGUGCUGCCGCCGCAGCAGGCUCUAAGCACCCCCUCUCCCCAUGAUGCCGGCAGGAAACACCACAGCACCCAGCAACCCAAGCCAGAGCCGGAGGGAGAAGCUGGAAGAGCAGGGGAUGUGGAGGUGAGGGCUGUGGCUUGGCAGAUGCAGGACUUGACUCAAAACCCCUUCUCUCAGUGCCUGUGCAUAGUCACUCCCACCCUGGUGGCCU